CUGGGCGUGACCAUCAUGCUGCUUGGUCAGAUGUUUGGGAUCUCAUGCAGGUGCAUGAUGGAUGUAUGCAAGGGGCAGCAGGAGGUCCUGAGAGAUCUAAAUGAGAGGUUCAGCAGCUUCCUGGAACAUGUAGCUCAGCUUCAGAUGAUGAACUUGAACCUCCAGAAGCACAUCAGAGGAUGGAAGAUGCUGCUGGAAAGAGACUGGAGCUCGCAGGAGAGGACGGUGGAGGAUCUACAGACUCAGAUUAGGCACAUGCUAAUAGAAAACGCUGAGUUGGCCCUGCAUUCAGAUCAUGUUUAUUCCACAAUUCACCAUCUACAGAGCAGAUGUGAGCUGGAGCAGAAGCUGCAUCUGCGACUUGAGCAGUUGAUAGCGGAGCUGAAACAGAGGAAGAUAAACCUGCACCAAGCCAACACCCUGCUGGAGGAACAGUUACAUGCAUCUACACAGGAAGUACACACCAUGCAGGACGAGCAGGAGAGGGAGUUGUUUGUGCAGCAGCAGCAGGCAGGAGUACGGGAGGAUGGCAGAGGAAUGGAGCUCUGUCGUUUCGGCCCAGCACACGGUGACCUCGGCGCAGCUGCACUCACUAAUCGAGCCCCAGGCUUCAGACCUACAGCGAACGUCAGGCCCAGGAGAGACACGCCCAGUCCAAACGGAGACCAGCCUCCACAGGUGAGUCGUGGAGAUGAGGCUUUGCGAGAGGCGAGGGCGGAGCUCACAGAAGUCCGAAAGCAGUGGCACAGUUUACAGGUGGAGGUCGAGUCUCUACAUGCCAUGGAACGCAGUCUGCAGAGCUCUCUGAAACACACAAAGCAUCAGUACACGCUUCAGCUGCGAGAUCUGUCAUGCUCUGUGUCUGAGCUGGAGGCCGAGCUGGACGGUGUGCGUGAAGGUCUCGCUGCUCAGAAACACCACCACAACCAACUGCUCAACACCAAGAUGAGGCUGGAGAGAGAGAUCGCCACCUACAGGAGACUGCUGGAGCACGAGGAGGGCAGGUUUUUGUGUGUGGACGGUCAGCCAUGGAAACUGAAGCCCUGGAAACCUUCGAGUCAGCAGAACGGAGUGUGUAAUGGCAUUGAGAAUGAAAGUGAAAUCACUGAGAAGACAACCAAUCAGGGUCCAGCUUUCCACCAGCAGGGCAGCCUCGUCAUCUUCACAGAGCCCAUAGGGAGCAGAGAUGGAGAAAUUAGCAUGGUGAAGACUCAGGAGAUUGUGGAGGGGAACGUAGUGAGAGAGAGCGCAGAGGGACACGGAAGAGUCGAAACAGAGAAGAUUGAUAAGGUGAUUAAACAGUGGGAGGGAUCGUUUUUCCAAGGAAAUCCAAAGCUGAGGAAAAAAUCAGUGUCUCUGCGCUUCGACCUACACAUGGCCAUGGCUGAUGAAGGCUGUGCUCAGAGCAAAAAGGACAGUUUACCAGAUGUGGAGGUUCGGCUGGUGAUGAAACGAUCCCGCAGCAUCCCCACCAUAACGCAGUGACCUCGUUUGGAAAGCCAGCAGGGUCAAAACUUGCAGCAUGGCACUGGCACGUGAAAAUGUUUUAUUUUUAUUGUUGAGAACAUUACACAUUUGACUUACAUGUAAUAGUUUCAUGCCUGUUUUUUUUGUUUUUUGUGGCAAGUGAGGGGUAGGGGGCCAAAACUUUUAUUAUUACUGCUUGCAGCCAUGUCAUCAUUAAGCAUUUCCUGGAUCUGGACAUGACAACACUGCUGUGUUUACAUCAGAGACGUUUAGCAACCUGGCAAACUAGCAUCAACUAUUAGCAAGGAGCUAAUCAGAAUCCCAAAUUCUAGUGGAAGUUUCUAGAAGAUCGUUACAUUAAACAUUGACACCCACACGCUUGAGUAGAAGACAACAGUCGAUUAGCUAAGAAUUCCCCUGAUUAGCAUUUAGCUUAGCGAAUAUUUGUAAUCUUAAAAAACAAAUCCAACACUUUGUUUGGCGUGUGGCCAUGAAGCUAAGACCUAAUCGUUAAUACAUUAAGUUUAGUUUGCGCUACAUUACUGUACCACCAUCAGCUACCAAAGCAUUAACAAAGAUGCUAGAUGUUUUGAGGUGAAAAGAAAAACAAAAUGAUUCCUUUCUUCUUUCUGGUAAAAGAAUAUUGAUUUUAAACCCCAGUGAGAGAAUUAUGAGAUUUUAUUUGCUGCGGAGAACAAACAGUUUAAGUGUGUUAAAAUGUUAGCGAAGCAGAAAUUGCAGCAGAUACUAGAAGAUUUAGUGACAAAAUUAUCACUAGUCUGUCAGCUCCAGUGCUGUUUAAAAACACACCCUCAUUUAUUGCCCAAUUAUUAUUCUGUAUUUAAUAUUUAAAAGUAAAAAAAAGUUUUGUGUGAUAACAUACAUCGGUUUCAGACAGAUGAGGGAACUAGUUGGCAAAGUAGCUCACAUUAGCAAGCAACAACUUUUGCCACAUCGAUCGCUAACGGCUUUAUCGCUAAUUUGGAAUUGUGUACAUUUUCAUAGCACAUUAAAGCUACAAUAUGACAAAAAAAAAAAAAACAUGGAUGUCUCCAGGAAAUCUCAUGAACUAGCAUCCAGCUAACAUUAGUGACAGGAAUAGAUUUUAAAUUAAAUGAUGUAUUUAUUUUCUCAAAACCUUCUAAAGAUUUUUGCCCAGUGUUUUAGAUUAAUUCAGAAGCGUAUCCAAUAAGACUAAAAUCUCAUCUCAUUUAAAAGUUGAUAUAUGAACUUUAAGUGUUCUUGACAGUCUGAGAGAUUAUUUUGUUACAUCAUACUAAACAUUAUGCUAGCUAUUUACAUAAUUAGCCAGGUGGCUCGUUAGCAAGACAGCAUUUGUGUAGUCAUAACUCAGAAUGUCUAAGAAAAUAAAAAUAAAAAGAAUUUAUUGCUGUGCUUUGGUAACAAUUAGCAGGCUAGCUAGCUAGGAAUCCAGCUUGUCUAUCUAGUGAGCUAAACACUUAAAUCGUGUGUUAAAAGCAGUGUUAAUACAAAAUGGAUUCUCUGUGACCUGUUGAUUUUCAUUUUGAUUGAUUUUUUUUCUCUCGCCUGUAUUAACAAUUUUGGUGUUUAUCUUUCUAAACAAAGUCUGUGAUUUAUGCAACAUGCCAACGUGCUUUAUAUGAAGUCCAUGCACAAAUAUGGAGUGCCAUUGGGGUAAAAACUCCAACCACAUCUGCACUUUUGACAUCUUACACUGUAACGCGCAGCAUAAACCUAUUCCCUCGAUAUCACUGUGCUACAUCACACUUGAUUUAUCUUUUACAACAAACAUUACUGUUUGAACAAAAGAAAUUGUGAACAUUCGCACUGAUUAACAUUAAAAUACACGAAUCAUAAGGUACAAUCCAGAUCCUAAAGGCACUUUAAAACACUUUAUACAUUUAAUUUACCUUUGUUUUUUUUCUAACAUUUUUUUUUUGUUCUCAAUUUAAUGUAUAUUAUUCUAUAAAUAUAUUCUGCAUCACAAACCUUUGCUGUAUGAGAGGUAUUGGAAUAAAGCUAGCAUUAAUAAAGCUCUGAUAUUAAAACACUGA